CCUGGAUUUGCUUUGGCCCAUGAAGAUAUGCAGCGACGUGGGGCCUGCAGCCGGGCUCGCAAGGGGCUAACUUGCGGGAGACUACAUCCCCACGUCGGGAGCACGGGAUCAUCGUACCAAGUGGUGCUACUUCAAUAGUAUUGCGGGUGUGCGGAUGUGCGCUCCCGCAACUGCGGCCACGUUACGGGAUGGCGUUUGUACAGCUGCCCCCGUCCUUGCCGACUGGAGGGCACUUGCGCAGGAGGUACUUCUCUUGAGCCCUACACAUACACUAGUUGCCGUGGCCAGCCCCUCUCAUGACGGGGAUCUUCUCCAUCCUGACGCCUUGAAGGGUGCCGCCCUCAGAGGAGGUCUGAUACGAGUAGAUGCUGCGAUCGUCUCGCCAGAUCGCCAUCAAGCUGCGGUGCUCACCGAUGUUCUGCGGCCUAGGGGCUCCAUCGGCGGGUCAAAGAUGCUCCGUCAAUGCCAAGUAAUUGUCGUACGAGCGUUGAAAUGCCGUUGAGAAUCUCGUCCUCAUGCGGCGUCCGACAAAGCAGCAAAGGGCAAAGGCAUCCAUCACAUCUCUCACAUACGCACGCACCGAUGCAC